GCUUCUUUUACUGCCCUCAAUAUCGAGCCCGAUGACAAUCCUGACGAUGAAAUCGAUAACACGAAGGAACUACAGAUAGAGGAUGCCCUCAAGCUAUACCAAGUAGCCCUGAAACUACACUCCCAAGGCCCAACUCUAUAUGCAGAAGCUGCAGACGCCUACACGAAUCUUUUCAACUCCGAAAUCUUUAAAUACCCAGAAAGCGUUACCGAAUUUACACGAAUAGACCAAAAUCCGGAGCUCGAGCUUGCAGAUACUUCCUUCGGACUUGCUCUCGAUGGGGGAGGAGGUGCAGAUGAAAUCCCAAGUACUCUACCCCAAAUACUAUACUUGUCUUACAAGAACCAUGGGCAAUUUAUCUUGGACUGUGUCAAGAGUCAGUUGAGACACCCGGAUACCAAUGUACAACAAGUUGUGAACAAAUCCGCGCUCGAUUAUCAAGCAAGAGCUGCCCUAGACAACUUCUCCCUCGCGUUAGUCAGUGAUGAAUCGGAUACCGAACUAUGGCGUCGUGCGGCCCGUGUAGCAUCCAUGCUGGGAAGCAGAAGAAUUUCUAGGUACUGUCUGGAGGGCGCGGUGGAAGUAGACGAUGACCCAACCGUGGCUGAAGUCGACCCCUCAUCCCUCGAAGAGGGUUUCGCCGGCGAGCAGUUGAAAGAGAACCUCGAAGUGUUGUCUGAUGAAACUGCAUUAUCCCACCCUAUCAUGGGGCCAUUUCUGAAGAAGACCAUGCCUCCUUUCUUGACUAAGGCCAUGGAUUUUUAUCCAUUCUUACCAGACAGUACCAAGUUCCUCAAUCGCGAGACACCGGAUAGUGAAGUUCCUCGAAUCGAGGAAACCCGCUCUGUCUUCCCAACCCAGCAAAGAACUUGGACUUCAAUUGGAGAUGCUUUAUGCGGUGCGUUCAUGUCACCUUUAGGGCUUUCAGGGACGGGGAUCGUGAUUCUUGUACCAGAAGAAACAGAAGAAGCUCCACAACCUCCACCAGAACCUACAGCACCCGAGGCUUUAGCAGAAGACCAAAUUAUGAAGGACAUUGGGACUACGGAAUCACCGACUGGUGAAAGCAGCGAAAAUGCUAUCACCACUCCCGUCACAGCCAAGUCUGUUGAACCAUCAGUUGAGAUAAACACUACCACUACAUCGGUACCUCUGGCUGAUGGGCCAUCCGAAAAAACUGUCAAUCUACCUACCCGGAAGCGAUCCCAGUCUGCGGCUGGAAUUCGUGAGACGCCGGAAGAUGAUAGUGGGACACAGAAGCGAAGUAAACGGAUCCGGAAUCGAGAUAAUACUGAGAGCUCCGUCGUUGAUCCUACUACGAAGUAUACCGAACAAAUGAAAAACUUCGUUAGAGCAGAUGAAGACGUGUUUGAUUUUGUCAAUGGCAUUCUUCUAAAAAUUGGCAUUGAGGAUCUAGGCACAUUUACGGACUUGCAAGCCGCCUUAGGAAAUGAUGAUAAAUCAGACCGGGAAGAAGUGGUCACGAAUCUUGCUGUAAGGGAUUUGCGCGAUACCUUGCGGACCUGGGAUGACGGUAAAGCAUCGACAUUUCUGAAUGGCAACGCAGCCGAUAUUCUUGGCUCCUCGGCAGCAAGUGCGAAUGCCGGCCUCGCAGCUUUCCUCGAAUACUCCAAAUCGGGAAUUCAGAAGGCUAGUACCAUUCCACCAUUUUCAGAAAGCGAAGGAGUAUCGUUAUUCGCAGCCAAGGUGCAGGCCAGCUGGGCGCCUCUUCUAGACGUUAUGUUUGAUUGGCUUUGCAUAAUCCUCCUGUCAUAUCGAGGAACACUGUGGUCUGAAGACCUGAAGAUUGCUGUUGUUCGUAUCAUUAGCUAUGCAGAUGCAGAAAUCUUCACCCGGUUAAAGCAAGAGGUGGAACAGGCUCGCGUGAAAGAACUGGAGGCUGGAGAUUUGGCACAAUUGGAGGACAUGACGCAAACUCUUUUCGAACUUCAUCUGGACAUAUACACUCGAAUCACGAAUCCCAACAGUAUUGUCAAUUAUGAGACACGCAUUAUGACGAAGGAGCGGGUGGACCGUUGGGCCGAUUUUACUGCGGAUGUAGUGCAAUCAAGGAACGCCAAAAUCGACGAUGACCUCUCCCUGAGGUAUCUUUGGGCCUCGGUCUUUUACGCCACCAUGGGCGACAGCGUUGCCCGGGAACAUAAAGUUCUGUGUUGGACAGACGUGCAGACCCUACUUCGUGAGGCCGAGAAGCCGAUGAUCGAAUUGCAGAAUAAUGCCAUAAUGCCAGAAAUAUCGGCCGAAGCAGCUGAGCGUGAAGUGUCUAGGCUUACCACAAUGGAUUUUUUCUACAACCUGUUCCAAGCCGACAGGUCAGACCCAGUGGCGAUAAUUGAGACUCUGGAGCCAGUUCUGGAUCCUGAAUCGGCCUGCCAACCAGCAGAACUUAAUGAUGAUACUGCGGCCAGCUCGGACGCUGCUGACAAUACACCAGCAACACUACGUGAUAUGUGGAAGUUUUUGAAAACAGGAAGCACCCCCUUGCGUAUUUUCUUGUGGCAGCGACUCCGGGAGGCAUACGCAAGUAUAGGCUACAAUACAAAGGUAUUCUCUUGCAAUUUGAAGAGCAUCGAAAUAAUCGUUGGGGAUCUGCGAACAGACGAUUAUGUCGACAGCUCUGAUGAGCCCCGCCGACACAAAUUGCUGACUUGGCUAAAAGCCUUGGAUGAUCUGUUGGUGAAGUCGCUCUCAACUGCUCUCAACGAUGCUGCAUUAUGCUUUGAAAUCAUCGAUGAGCGACACCUGAAAAGCACUUGUGCUGCUCUCGCACAACUCAGUCGCGUUCUUCAUUCGGCAGCUAUAUUUGAUGACGAGAUCAGGGUUGGGAUGACCCAGCUGCCGCAAACUCCAGCCUAUGCUCCACAAGGGUCCUUCAACAGUUUCAUAAACAACCUACGUGAGAUGCAAGUGCGGACUUGGGCGUUGCAGUACACAAUGGUAAAAGAAUCUAUGAACCAGAACGCUGAACUGUUCACGACGCCAGAUAAGGAUCUUGCCGAUUUCUUAGCCAACGUUCACUACUGCUUGGGAUUGCGAAAAUGCUGCAAGGCUUCCAACAAAAUCUUCUUGAAAAUGAUGAAGGUUGAAAUGAUAAGGCUAAAGAACAUCGACAAAUGGGAGGACUAUAUUGGCCAAGUAGUCUAUGAUCUUUAUGGCAUUCGACUGGGCGUCGGGACCUAUUUGUUGGAAGAGCACGGUUGCCCUCCAGAGUCACUUGAUAGGCGGACUGUUAUGAACAUCGCAGAGCAAGUCAUUGAUUUAGCAAACCAGAUGCCGGUGAAGGACCUCAUCAAGCAUGAACUACGCGCUGCCAUCGAAAGGAUGCAAACCGCCGUCGGCCAAGCGAAAUCUACACCGCAAAUGCUUCAUAAUCUUCGCAACUAUACGGAGUAUCUGAAGACCUCCAUCCGCCCGCUAGAUAUGUACAAAGCAUUCAAAGGACAGGUACAGGUAGACUCGCUCCCUGUUAUCACACCGGAAAGCCCAUUGGCGGACAAGGGAUGGUAUUUUUUGCUUGGUAUUAUUGCGCUGACCAAAUUUCGUUCAACGAAACGCCUUGGUCCUGGGGCUCAAACGGACGAUAUGCGAGUCGGUGCAACAUUUAUGAGGUUACAGCUGCAAUUUAGCGCAGACCACUGGGAGACUUGGUACCGCCUUGCUCAAUGCUUCGACUAUGAGCUAGAAGAAGAGGUCAUGUGGACCGCUGACAAGAUCAACAACCAUCGCUCUGACCUGGUUAGACUGCAACGAGGUUCAAUACAUUGCUACUUGAUGGCACUGUCGACAGCUGUCCGGACGGCCGACGAUACACUAGCUACUGCACAGAAGCUGUCCGAAAUGUACCAUGAGUUUGGAAUGCGGUUGUAUGCAUCGUCUCGUGAGCCUUUUGGUAUGGAAGCCUUCUGGGUUGAUGAAUUUGAGAAGCACAUGAGUGGGUCUACGGGCAUGUACAAAAGGCCUUUGCAUGAUGAGGUGACCCGAUACAAAGCCUGGAAGCAUGCCGCAAGGCUUUUCAGAACAUCUCUAGCGCAGCGGCCCAAGUAUUGGAUGAAUCAUUUCAUGCUCGGGAAAUGCUUAUGGAAGAUGUUCUGCAAAGCUGCUGACGAGUGGGACCCUGCAGUGCAAGCAACCAAGCCAUCUGUGGACGAGGUGCUUCGCGCCUUUAUCAACGCCAUCAAGACUGUGCCCAGACCGCGAGAUAGCCGUCAAGAGCCAAUCCUUGAACCCCACUACAAGCUCGUAUCAAUCGUCCACAAACUGGUCAUGAAGGGUGCAUUACAGCCCCAGGCUGCAGCUGAUAUCUUACAAGAGCAGCCUUACGCCACACGAAAAGGAGAGCCUGUAGUGAUUGAAGGCCACGAAGAGUGGCAACCGUAUAUUCUGGAAAGCCUUCGUCACUUGCGAAGCUUGGACAAACAACAUUGGCAUCAUCGAAUGAUCGCGCGAUAUGCAAACAUCAUCUACGACGAAAACAGCCAGGAUUAUGUCCAAGCUACCGCUGCUCGAAAUGAGUUCCGUGAGUCCAUAUUCACGAAGACGAUGCAUAUCCAAGUUUGGAAGCCGGACGCGGAACGGCCAGGCAGGCAUUGCGUGUACAUGGAGCGUUAUGUCAAGUACAUGACCAGACUCCUCAGUCUCCUGAACGACAAACCCCACAUGGAGCAGCUGGCCAAGCGAGUCAAGAAAAAGUCGAACGACUUUCACAAAUUCAGCAAUGUGUGGAACGACGUAUGCUCAACCUACCUUCGCCUAAUCAGAAAAGCAGGAAAUAUCCCCUUAAACAUGGAUGAAGUCUUCAAGAGCAUUCCCCACGAUGAGUUCGACAUUCUUUCCGAGCGCCUCACUACCUGGAUUGCAGAUCCCAACAUGGACCACCCAGCUCUAGAAGCUCUUCGAGAAACUCUGGAGCUCAAAAAAGUGAACGCCAAUCAGAUGAAGGCCGCGCCUAUUGACGAUCUCAUCAAUGAUGCAUGGGCAGUCCUGUACACCCAGAUCGCAAAGACACUUCCUGGUCCUGAUCUCCCGGCCCUCGAAGCCGCUCAAAACGACGGCGGCGAAGCAGGACCGGCGCCAAAACCAAUAGGGCCAAUGAGUCUUAACAAUCUCGUUAUGGACAUGAACGGCACCCAAAUAAACGUUCCCCUUACCCUUGCCGUCUCAGACCCCCGAUCGCGCAAAAUCGGCAUCAGCAGACGCGAAGUUCUACGUCGUGCCGAACUAGCCAUCAACAGAGUCCUCGAACCUUCUCGUACCACAGCUCCCUCGCAACCAAGAGCAGGAUCAUCAAAGCAUGUUCUAGGCUCGAGUGUAGACCCGGAAACAGCAGCGCGCAGUGCCUCGACGCCUCGACUUGAAGUCCCGGCACCGGAACUUUUCGAAAAGAGAGAUGAUAGUUCGGCGCCGGGAAGUCUGCAUGAUAGUGCGGAUGAUGAGAGUGAUUUGAGUGAUGUACCUGAGAUGGAGGAUGUGGAGCCUGCGAGUAUCUUUCCGAACUUAACGAAGAGUGGUGAAGAUGAUGAAAGUCCUGACCGGGAGUAG